AUGGUAACGCCGCGCUCCCACUUCCCGAAGAAGGAAGCUCGGCCUCAAGACUUGGAUGCUAUCCGCAGUGCUCUCACGGACUUCAGUUACGUUGUGCAGUCUCCACGCAGCAUUAGAAGGCUGCAAACUUACCGGCCAGAUAUGCAGCCUUAUGUGUGGGUGUUGUUUGACGACGAGACUCUUGCGCUUUACAACGGGAAAAAGAACACGCCUUUAUACCUUGCGAUCCUGGGCGAAGUGUUUGACGUGACCAAGGGACGCCGGUUCUACGGUGACGAAAAGGGCUACGGUGGCUUUGUAGGCAGGGACGCCAGUCGUGCAUUUGUGACCGGCGACUUCACCCCUAAGGGCCUUAUCGACCAAGUGGAGGACCUCACACCCGAGCAGUUCAAAUCCUUAGUGGAGUGGCGGGCCUUCUACCACAAACAAUACACGUACAAGGGCCGGUUGGUGGGUCGCUUCUACAACAGCGAAGGUCGCCCCAAGAGGCUAUUGAAGCGGAUUGAAGAGGAGGCUGCCCGGGCCAAGAGUGACGAGGAGUUGCAGCGGGAGGUGGAGGCGCAGUGGCCUUCAUGUAACGUCAGAUGGACGGAGUCGGAGGGCGGCACGGUGUGGUGCGACGGCGGCGCCUACCCCCGCAAGGUUUUCAUGCAGCUGCCGGGCGGCAACAAACCCACCACCAAGUGCGCCUGCUUCCAGGAGCUGGGCUGGUCGGAUCUGCGGCAGGUGUAUCCGGACUGCGCACCGGACGCACACAGCUGCAAAGUUUGA